AUGGAGGGAUGCAUAAAUAAAGACGAUAUAAAAAUGAAUAAGAGUGGAGAGGAGCCAAGUUGUAAUAGUAAUAUGAACAACAUGAACACGUUUUCAGAAAAUGGUGAAAUAUUUUUAGAAAAUGAAAAAUGUUAUAUUGUACAAGAAAUCCCUUUUAACGACUUUUAUAAUUAUAAUUAUAAAAAAAUAAAAAAGUUUAAUGAAUUGGAAAAGGAGUCAUAUUAUAUAAAUGGAAACACAUCUUCGUGUGAUAAUACACAAAUUAGUACAAACAGUGAAGAUUCCCCAAAAAUACAAUUUAAUAAAUAUAUUAAAAAGGAAAAAGGAAAUAAUCAAAGUAUAUCCAACUCAUCUGUUAAUAGUGAUGAAAAUAAUAAGGAUGUAGAAAAAAACAAAGUUAAAAAAAUAAAAUUAAAAAAUGAAUUUUUAAAACAAUGCGAAUUUAGUAAUGAUGGAAGGUGUUAUUAUACAAUUUCAAGUAAAAAUAAAUUACAGUUAUAUGCAACAGACAUUCAAUUGUUAAAUAUGUUUUCAGAUGACAAUAAAAAUAAUAAUAAUAUUUUGGAAAAUUUAUAUAAAAAUAUAAGUGAUAAUGAUAUAGAAAGAAGAAAUAAUUCCUGGAUAAAUUUAAAUAUAAAUGGACAUAUUUAUGAUUGUAAAUUUUAUCCUUAUUUUGAUUGGAAUAACAAUAAUACAUGUUUUUUUGCUCUUAGUUCAAAAGAUGUUCCUGUCAAAAUAUAUAGUGCAUAUGAUGGCUCUCCUUUGAUAUCUUUUAAAUUAUUUAACGAAUCUCAAGAGUUGAGUAAUUGUUAUUCUCUUUGUUUUCACCCAGAAAAAAAUUGGUUAUUAUGUGGGACACGAAAUAGAUCAAUAAAAAUUUAUGAUCUUAACAAACCAAAUGAAAUAUAUGAAAAUCGAAUAUUAGGAACAAGAAAAGGAAAAGGACAAAAAGGAAUAAUAUCAACUAUUGAUUAUAAAAAAGAAGGUUAUGGAAAUAAUUCUAUAUAUGCAAUUGGUGAUUAUAAUGAUAUUUUAUAUAUAUAUGCUGAUAAUUGUAAUCAUAAAAAUGAUUAUAUACUAAAAUUUUCAAAUAAAUAUAAUUCUAAUGGUAUAACAUGUGUUAAAUGGUAUGGUGAAUAUAAUAUUUUGAGUGGUAGUAGAAAUGGAUCAUAUAUAUAUUUAUACGAUAUAAGAAAUAAUAAAGAAUAUGUACAUAAAUUUAAAAGAUUUGCAUUAACAAAUCAGAAAUAUUUAUUUGAUAUACAUAAAAAUUAUAUUAUUUCUGGUGAUACUUUUGGAUAUUUAAAUUUUUAUAAUAUAGAAAAUAAUGAAUUAGUACAUAAACAGCUAAUUAAUAAAUAUUCUCCAAUUGUUUCAGUUAAUGUACAUUCUACUUACCCUUUUAUAUUAACAGGGUCAGGUACAAGACGGUUUUAUGAAAAUUGGAGUUCAAAAAUUGACAUAUCUUGUACUAAUCCGAUAUAUAACAAUACAAAUAUACAUGAAGAAAAUUCUUUUAAAGUCAACCAAGACGACACAUUUCAAUAUUUUCCUUCUACAUCACACUACAUAAAUAGUGUUUGUACAAUUUUUUGUAAAUUUUUGUGUAACAUAUAA